AUGUCAGUAUUGAUCAUUAUUCAUACAACGCUGAAUCCGAUUCAUUCACAUAUUCUCCCAUGCUGUUGUGUUUUCUCUCUACCUCUCAUUCUCUUUUAUUAUGACUUUCUUUCUCUCCAUCACCCUUAUAUAGUCAGAUUUUUCUCAUUUGUACUCGCAACACAUAUUUUCUCUCCGCUCUUUCUCUCCUUUCUUUCGGCAUUUCUUUUUAUUUCUCCCUUUCGUCAUCUCUCUCUCAUUCUCUCUCUCUCUCUCAUUCUCUCUCUCUCAUUCUCUCUCUCUCUCUCAUUCUCUCUCUCUCUCUUUCUGCUUUUCUUUUUCUCUCUUCUCUUUCGACAUUUUUUUCUCUUCUCUCUUUCUGCAUUUCUUUUUUCUCUUUCGACAUUUCUUUUUCUCUCUUCUCUUUCUGCUUAUCUUUAUGCAUUUCUUCUCUUUCUGCUUUUCUUUUUCUCUCUUCUCUUUCGACAUUUUUCUCUUCUCUCUUUCUGCAUUUCUUUUUUCUCUUUCGACAUUUCUUUUUCUCUCUUCCUUUUCUGCUUUUCUUUUUCUCUCUUCUCUUUUCUUUUUCUGUUUCGACAUUUUUUCUAUAUUCUCUUUCGGCAUUUCAUUUCUCUUCUAUCUUUCUCCUUUUCUUUUUCUCUCUUCUCUUUCGACAUUUCUUUUCUCUCUUCUCUUUCUCCUUUUAUUUUUCUCUCCUCCUCACCCAAAACAGAAUCUCAUUUUCCCUUCCUUUUUCUUUUCUAUUUCUCUUUUUUUCGUCCUCUUCUUGCUCUUCUCUUUCCAUUUAACAUAAUUUCUUUCUUUCUAUUAUUCGCUUUUCCCCUCUCAUUUUCCCUCAAUCACUCUCUCUCUCUCUCUCUCUCUCUCUCUCUCUCCUCAUCCCAAGCAUAUUUACAUUUUCUCUUUCUUCUCCCGUUCAUAAUUCACAUUUCUCUUUUUUCUCUCAUCGCCAUUAUUACUCUCUUUUUUUCCUCUUCUCGCCUUUUACUCUCUUCUCUCUCUCUCUCUCUCUCUCUCUCUCUCUCUCUCUCUCUCUGUCCUUCUUUCUUCACAUUUCUUGGCGGUCAUACUUUUGUGAUGACGUGUCCAUUAUUUGAAUUGUCCUAA